AAUCGUUAAUUAUUUUUUUCUUUUACAACAACGCGAUGGUUCGCGGUGUAGGGUCUUCUGCUCUUUCUGUUCUCCAAAGCGGCGCUCUCGCGCUCCUUUUUCUGGCGUGUGUUCUGUCCACCGCGCUGUCCAAAGAUCCCUUCGACGAGGCCGAAAGCGAGUUGACGAUCACCCUCCGAGCGGGAGCAAUUGAAUGUUUCCACCAACCUGCCAAGCCGGGCCAAGUCCUCGAAGUCGAGUAUCAGGUGCUGGAUUCCAACUUUGGCAACAUGGAGGUAGGGCAGAAGCUUGACAUCAACUUCUUCAUGAUGUCCCCGACCAAGCAGGAGCUGAUCAAGGAAUAUGCACGCACCGACGCCGUACACAGGCACGAGGUGAAGGAGCACGGGGACCACGCCAUCUGCUUCGACAACAGCCCCUCAAUGGUGGCCAGCAGGACGGUGUACUUCGAGGUGUACGUGGACAACACCAACAGCGAAGAGGACGAGUGGGACCCCAAGGAGAUACCAUACUCACCAGAGCUCAUCUACAACGACACUGUCAGCGACAUCAAGGCAACCAUCAAGAAAGUGCACGAGAACAUGGACAAGGUCAAGCACUUUCAGGACACCAUGCGGGCGCACGAGGCCCGGGACCGCAACAUCCAGGAGCACAACUUCAUCCGCGUCAACCAGUUCUCCCUGCUGUUCAUCGUGGUCAUGCUGGGAGUGGGCGCCGUGCAGGUCAUCAUGGUGCGGAGCCUCUUCGAAGAGCGCAGUCGUCUGCGCAAGGUCUUCAAGUUCAUGUCUUGACGGCUCUCUCUCCUCCGACACCCCCUUUCCCUCUUUUCCCUUUCCCAAAAGUCGUUGUGGUCGGCUUUUCCUUCUCGCCCACCUGCGUCUCGGAUUUUAGCAUCGGAACGCCGACCGACACACUCGCUUUCAAAGCUUGGCGUGCGUCGUUGCAGUGUCUUAAACGGAAAUAGCGAGGCUGCUGGACUUAUACGCUUCGUUUCGCUUAACGAGACGAUAAAGGCUAUGGGUACGGGCUCAUAGACCACAGAAAAGAUUCUUGUGUACAGCAUGUCCCCCAAAAAAAGACUGGGUUUUUUUUUUUUCACCGCAAAAAUGAACUGUGCAUCGCCAAACGCUCGGCCUCCGACCAAAUAUGGCGCUGAUGGUUUGAACCAGAUACCAAAGUUUCAAAACUAAACAUGAUCUUAUUCAAAAGCCAUAAGCGAUUUCUCUGAAAAUUUCAAUGAAGAAGUGGGGCUCAUUUUUGGCAACUGGCACCAUUCAGCUCGAAAACUUCGAGGACUUGCCCAGCCACUAUUUUCCUAUUGAAAUGUUCUGAUGAUCAUUUAAAACUUUUAAAUAGGACAACAUCUAGUUCUGAAACUUUGGCACCUGGUUCAAACCUUUAGUGCUAUGUUUGGACAAAGAAUGAGCGUUUGGCAAUGCAUAGUUUCUUUUCAAAGCACAAAAAAAAAAAACUGCAAAAAUUUUUUUUUUUUUUUUUGGGGGGGGGGGGGGGGGGGGCAUUAUUAUAUAUGCAGAGGGGGCAUUAUUUUAUAUCUUGAAAAUUGCUUCAAAAGUCGUGUUGGCGUCCUUAGCCUUUAUGUACCUUGUUAAAGCGAAACGGAGCGUAGCUGUGUUGUCGGAAUAGACUAGAGUCACUUGGAUUGUUGCAGCUUUGAUGGUGCAGCGAGACUAAAUUGUAAUAAGAAUUGCUUUUAUGAGCUGCUUCACAAGUUCUUGAGAAAGUCGCUCAAGAGUGUGAUUGACACUAUUUUUUUUUGUUUCCUUUUGCACCUUGGUAAGGAUGCCAAGGGCUCGCAAUAUACUUGCGUUGUUGUUCUUCAAUUUGUGUGCUCAAAGUGCAUUUCAGAAGGAGGACACAGUUGCUUCUUGUCAAUGUGUGAAGACUUUGCUGCAUUCAUUUUUUUUUUU